CCUGCCGCCGCAGCCGCAGUGUGCCAACGAACGUCGUGCGGUGUGGAUGUGUCGUCGCUGCGCGCCGUAACGCAAAUGUAACGGGACGCGAUUAUGCGUCCGCGCGGUAUCGCGCCGUGAUCUCUCGCCGCCGUAACGGAAGAAUUAUGUCGACUUGGCGAGAUGGGUAAUCUGGCGACGCUACUCGUGAGAUUCGGUGCUGCGUUCCUGCUCGCCUGUCACGCGGAUUACAGCCUGGCCCAGGACAAUUCGUCGGCCACGGAGUGCAUCGAGUCCGAGACGGGAUGCAGGAGGUGCAGGGACGGGACUUGCGCCAGAUGCGCCGUGCUACUACAUCAGGGUACCUGCGUGCAUACCUGCCCACCGGGCUUCGUCGCCGACUGGUCCACCCGCGACGAGUACAUGGGCCGCAUCUGCCGCGAGACCGGCUACAUGUUCGGCCUCACCGGUAGCCAGGUCGCGAUAUUGGUGGGGGUGGUCUCCGGUGCUACCAUUUGCAUCUUCAUCAUCCUCUGCGGCGCGAUAGUCGUGCACCGGCGCAAGAAGAGGGCAGCGAAGCUGGCACAGCAGUUUGAGGACAGCGCGGAAAGGAGGGAGUUUCUGAAACACCUGGCGACGCUCCGUGGAGAGGCCAAUACUUUCCUCGCUAUGCUCAACGACACUAGAAGACAGGUCAGAGAGCUGUACUACUCGGGAAGUAACGGAGACGGUGCCGUCGGAAUCCAGGCGUACAGACCAGUGCUACGUGACCUAGCGAGAAUAUUAGUCCUCGUGAACAGGCGAGACGAUGAAAUACCACUUCCGCCCGACGAUUGGCAACGACUAUUCUCGUGGGCAGAGCGGCUGCUGAGAAGAUACAAAAGGCACAGUUCUCCAGAAGUGGCUCAGCUCGUGACGUUCCUGCAGCAGCCGACGAACAACCCCGUCCAGAUGACUCCGUCACCGACGCAACCGGUCACGGCGUCGCAAUCACCACCUCAUCAGCCCGUGUACGAACCGAGAAGCACCCCUACUAAUCUCACCACAUUCCAAGCGAACGUGCCGCUCGCGACGUUCCAAGCGAGCGACAAGUCGAGCAUCAGUCCGGCCAGUUCGAGCCUCGGCUACACGAAGGAUCACAGUCCCCUCGGGUCGAGUCUAGGUCAAAACAGCGCUUCCGGCGUUUAUAACAGCGAGAAGCUCAGCCCGAAUGGCUCGACGAUCGGUCAAACGACACCCCUCGUUUACGAGAGUAAUCUGAAGCGAGGAGGCUCGAGGACGACGAGCGAUUCGCAUUUCCAAGAACUGCAGACAAUCUCUGCAUUCAAUCGCAGUUACAAUGUUGGCGCACUGCCCCUAGAGACCAACAGCAUCCGCGCGUUGCACGACGAAUGCGAGAUUAACGAUGGCCUGGACCGCGACUUGAAUCCCCAAUGGAAGUUUCAGAGCAGCCCCGUGGAGGCGGCCAAUUACACUAUUCUGUCGGACUGGUCGCCCGCACGCGACUAUCUCAUCGACGACUUUACGAUUCUCGGCUUUCGGCCACAGGACGAGAUCACCACGGAAUUAUAAUAAUUGUAAUCGACUGAUAGUGAUACAUAUCCAAACAAGACUUAUAAAGGAGAGAUUAUGAAACGCUUGCGUGUUAUGUCUAAAUAUCGUCAUUUAGACAUAAUCGAUUUCGAUCUUGCUAUUCUUAGGAAUUUUCUUCGACAAUCCUGUAACGAUAUUUCGUAUUAUAUUGAUGAUAUUUAUCAAUUGUUUUAUUUGUGAAAGGGUAUUGUAUGAAACUAUACCCGCUACAUCUAUAUGUUACUCGAUCGGUAUUAUCAAUUUUUUUUAUAAAUGAGUUUAAACUAGAGUUAAAACUUAAAACAAGAAAAAAUUAAUGGACAACCAUGAAUAUGCAAAUGAAUAACUUGAUGUUAACUAAAAUUGUAUUUUGGAAAAAUUGGCAACAAUACAAUACCAGCAGUUAAAAAUAAAAUAGAUUCAUCAUGUUGCAGUGUUUUGAAAGAAGAACAUACAAAGUUUAAAUGAAGUAGAUUCAGAAUUAGCAAAUUUACUAACAAAUAAAUUUCUUUUAGAAUAUCAAAGGCAGAGAGUAGAGAAUAAAAAUAGUGUGCAAAAACGGAGAAAGUUUUGAGAAAGUUACAAGGAUUUUUGCAAAUCAUUGUUAAAGAAAAUAAGACAGAAAUUGAUUUGAUGUACUUUCUUGGUUAUCGACACAUUUCUUUAUUUUUUUUUAAUUUUAAACAUAUAUUUAUAUCAUUUUAAAUAGAUAGCAUACACUAGUUCAGCUAUAAAAAUCUAUUUUCUAAUUAUUAAUGUCGAUAAUUAGGAAAUAUUUGAACAAUAAAUUAUCCUACAGUCAAUGUUAAGACACAAACAAAUGCCAUUAAGUAUGAAAAGUUUAAUUAAACUGCUAUGAAAAAAAUCAUGUAAAAAUUUGUUAUCUGGAAAAGGACAAUGAAAAAACUCGAGUCCUCCAAGUUUUCUUUGGAGGCUGAUCUGAUAUGAAAUGUUAGGUAUUAAUGAUUUUCAUAACAUUAAUUUCUACGAAACAGUAUUUAUGUCCUAAAUAUUGUCUCAUUUUAUUAUAAUAAUAAUAUCUAAUUUAAAUAUAUUCUAGUACACUGUGCAAUAGAAAAAAAUGCAAUGGUAUCAAGUUGUAAAAGCUUUGUGUAAAUAUUGGUUUUUAUUUAAUUUCUGCAUAUCCCUAUAGUUGCAUAAAACAUUGGCGGAGCAUUGGGAAGUAAUGUAAAUAUAAUAUCCCUAAUAUUGAUUUAAUAUUUAAUUUUUUGUAUUGGACAUUAAUUGCAUUUUAAUUUGGAAACAAUAUAUUACGAACCAAGUAACGUUACAUUGGAAAGACAUUAGCCAAUGCAUUCCAAAUUGCAAUGUUUAGUCAAUAUUAAUCAAUGUUUAGCCAAUAUCAGCCAAUGUACUGCCAACGUAUUGUUACUACUAGGGGUGUCUAAUAAUGAUUAUCUUAUAUAUAUAGUGUACUAGUCAACAUUUCCGUUUACAUCGAAAUAUUAAAGCGCAUCUUUAUGAUUUUCAUAUUUAUUUGCUUUUACUUCUGGCCUGCACUUACGCCUGCAUCUAACUUUAAUUUGUUCUCCCGGCAAACUUAUAAUUGUAUAAAUAUGUAUGUACAAUCAUCAAUGACAAGACAUUGAUCACCAAUCAUGUGAUUCGCCAUUAUAGUGUUCGUUAUACACUACGUUUUAUAAACUCCACUUGAGUUAGUACAACAAUCGUUAAAAUUAACAACAAAGUGGAGAACGCGAAUCUUACAACUACAAUUUUAUUUAUAUAAACGAACAUAUAUACACGCUACACACAUUUGAGUUGAACGUGUCAUUAUAUAUACGUAUGACCAGAUGGUCACUUGUACAAAUUGAUGUAAAUAAUUAAUAUUUUAGUAUUAAAUGUAAGAAAUUAUAAAAUAUAUGCAUACUUUGUCAAUU